AUGUCAUUUGAUGCCAAUGGAGAGAAAUUCAGAGAGAUAGCAGUCCCUGAAGAAAUUAUUCGGUCAUCCCAUUGGAUCACACUACCUCUUGCUGUUGUAGAUGACUUGCAAGUAGAACAUCUUGAAUUGCAUGCCAAAAUAGUCGGUUCCUACAAUGGCUUAUUGUGUCUUGCUGAUAUUGAAAGUACUACCACUUCUGGUAAUGUCAUAUAUUUGUGGAAUCCCAGCAUUAGAAAAUUCAAGAGGUUGCCCAAACCUUGCUUAGGACAAUUAGAUUCUGUUACACUUGGAUUUGCAUAUCAUUCCGAGAAUAAUGACUACAAGGUUGUGAGGAUUUCAAUUUCUCAUUCUGUGCCUCCAUCUGAAAUUGAGGUGUACACAUUAAGUUCAGAUUCAUGGAGAAGGAUUGAAAUGCCGUUGAGAAGCAAUAUUAAAUUCUAUGAUAAUAAUUAUUUUUUGCCAAUCCCAUUGGUUAGUGGAGCUUUGCACUGGAUGGCAGGUUUCAUAGAAGAAGAAGAAAAGCACUGUAGUGAAAUGAUUAUGUGCUUUGAUGUCAAUUGUGAGAAAUUCAGGAAUCUGGAAAUGCCUAAUGGUUCUAUGAGCGUACCCUCCUUUCAAAUAUGUCUUGCAUCAUUCAAGGAGAAACUAGCUGUCAUUACAUAUGGGGAGAGUGAACAAUCCUACCAGUACACCAUAUGGGUUAUGAGGGAGUAUGGUGUGCAUGAGUCUUGGCAUAAACUUUUUGUUCUACCAUUUGGAAGAAGAGUAGCUAUUUUCAUUGGCUUCACUGAGAAUGGUUCUCUUCUGAUUUGCAGAAGAAAUGAUCAAUUGGAGAACAAGAAGUAUAAGUUUGUGUUAGUGACACUGAAACUCUACUCGAGAAGGAUUCUGAUAUUCAACAUGCUUCAUGUGUAG